CUCUCGCUCCGAUCUCCAUUGAUCGGCAUCACCACUCCCCCCCUCGAGCCUCCAGCGAAAUCUCCAUCGACGACCUUCGCGAGCGAGAAAAGCUUUCGACGGAACCAUCAUGUCGGACCAGCGGCACAGGACGGACGUUACCCACAUCUCGCACCAGGCGUCCCCGCCGGCGCGGCAGGCAGUGAAGGUCGCGACGGCGACGACGAUCGGCGGCACCCUGCUCGUCCUCUCCGGCCUCACCCUGACGGGGACGGUGCUCGCGCUGAUCGUGGCGACGCCGAUCUUGGUGCUGUUCAGCCCCAUCCUCGUGCCGGCAGGGAUCGCGGUGGCCGUGAUAACGGCGGGGUUCCUGGCGUCCGGCGGCUUCGGGGCGGCGGCGGUGACGGCGCUGACGUGGAUGUACAGGUACUUCGGGGGAAGACGCCCGGCUGGGGAGGAGAAGGUGGAGUACGCGAGGACGAAGUUCGGGGACACGGCGAGGGACGUGAAGGAGAAGGCGAAGGAGUUCGGGCAGUACGUGCAGCACAAGGCUCAGGAGGUGACUGGCACAGCGUAGAGCGUGCUUGAGUCGCCGCACCGCUCAGGGACGAAGACGAACGACGUGUCGUUUUUGUGGUCUGGCGUUUAUUGCGCUGUGUUUUUCUGAUUGUGCUUUGAUGGAAUGGAAGGAACGAUGUGCUUAACUUAAUGGGUUGGUGGUAUUUAUGUUCUGUUGUGAAUCUAAGGAUGCGUUUCUUU